UGCAGCUGGAUGUGUGAGGAGGGGGAUUUGCUGUGGUGAGCGCGCGUGUGUGUGUGUGUGGCUAAGGGUUGGCCUGCAGGGAAGCCAGGCCCGUUUAGGGGGGACGGAAAAGGAUAGACGGAGACAGCAGCAUUGGAAAGGAGUGUGGGGGAGCAGGGGAUCUGCGAUGGGGUCCGCGGAGCCGCAGAGGUGCAGGGGAUGCUGACAGCGCGAAGGCAAGGGAGCGGAGGACGCUGAUGAGAGCCGCUGAGUGAAGGCGGGGAAGCAGGUUAUGAAGAUUAUGAUCACAUGUGCAGCUCUGCCUAGCUGUUCCCUUGGAGACGAUGGUGAUUCCCUAGAGAAUAGGUGGAAAUGCCUGGUUAACCAUCAGCUUCCUGCUCUUUUUAUCCAAAAGAUUCUCUAACUACAUUUUAUCAACUCUCCAUUUUAUUCCAUCAUGUUGUCUCUACCAGCUUAAACUAUUUCCUAAGAUGGUCCUUUUGCUGUUCCUUGCAAUCCUGUUAUUGAAGGAAGAUGCCAGUGGGAACUUUGGGUUUUUGGUUUCUGCACAGUCCAAUGAAAGAAGGGUGGUUGCACAUAUGCCUGGUGAUAUUAUCAUUGGAGCUUUGUUUUCUGUCCACCAUCAGCCAACUGUUGACAAGGUCCAUGAGAGAAAAUGUGGAGAGGUAAGGGAGCAAUAUGGCAUACAGAGAGUGGAAGCGAUGCUUCAUACUCUGGACAGAAUUAAUCUGGACCCAACACUGUUGCCAAAUAUAACACUAGGCUGUGAAAUAAGGGACUCUUGUUGGCAUUCUGCUGUGGCUCUGGAGCAAAGCAUUGAGUUCAUAAGGGAUUCUCUUAUUUCAUCAGAAGAAGAAGAGGGGAUAGUGCGCUGUGUCGAUGGAUCUUCAACAUCUAUCCACUCCAAGAAACCCAUUGUCGGCGUCAUUGGACCUGGUUCUAGUUCAGUAGCAAUCCAGGUCCAGAACUUGUUGCAGCUUUUCAAUAUACCUCAGAUUGCUUAUUCAGCCACGAGCAUGGACCUAAGUGACAAAACUCUGUUCAAGUAUUUCAUGAGAGUCGUGCCAUCGGAUGCACAGCAAGCUCGAGCUAUGGUGGACAUUGUCAAACGCUAUAACUGGACCUAUGUUUCUGCUGUACAUACUGAAGGCAAGUGUUCUGCUUUUUUCAUCCAAGCAUGA